AUGGCAACGGCUAUUUCUCUCUUCCCCUUCUCCCUCCUCCUCCUUCUCACCACCACCACUAUCGCCGCCGUCGUUCCAGCCGCCGAGAUCCAAGCUUUGACCGCCUUCAAGCUCGCCCUCCACGACCCCCUCGGCGCCCUCGACGGCUGGGACCCUUCCACCCCGCUCGCUCCCUGCGACUGGCGGGGCGUUACCUGCUCUCCCUCCAACACCUCUUCCCGGGUCACCGACCUCCGCCUUCCCCACCUCCAGCUCGCCGGCGGUAUCGAUCCGCAGCUCGCCGACCUCACCCAGCUCCGCCGGCUCAGCCUCCACACCAACAGCUUCAACGGCUCAAUACCCAGCUCGCUCUCCCGCUGCUCACUCCUUCGCGCCGUUUACCUUCAGUACAACUCCCUAUCCGGCGAGCUCCCGGCUUCCCUCCUCGCCAACCUCACCAAUCUCCAAAUCUUCACCGUCUCCCACAAUCUCCUCUCCGGGAGAGUAGGGGGAGGCGGAGGAGGGUUCCCGGUUUCUCUGCGGUUUCUCGAUUUGUCCUCCAAUGCUUUCUCAGGGGAGAUUCCGUCUAAUUUUUCGGCCGAUUCGGAGCUGCAGCUGGUGAAUCUGUCGUUUAAUGAGUUUUCUGGAGAGGUUCCGGCGAGUUUCGGGAAGUUGCAGUGGUUGGAGUACCUGUGGCUGGACUCGAAUCGGUUGGAGGGAACUCUUCCAUCGGCGAUUGCAAACUGCUCGUCGCUUAAGCAGCUGAGCGCGGAGGAUAACAAGCUGAGGGGAUUGAUUCCGGCGACGAUCGGCUCGAUUCCGCGGCUCCAAGUGCUCUCCCUGUCGCGGAACGAGCUCUCCGGUUCGAUUCCGUCGUCUAUUUUCUGCAAUGUCGGAGUAGGCGGCGGCAAUUUUUCGGCGGGAGGGCUUCGUUUUGUGGACUUAGGGUUUAAUGCGCUCACGGGGAUAGCUCAGCCGCCAGAUGGCGGCGGAGGAGGAGGAGGAUGUGGGGAUUCUGUUCUCCAAGUAAUUGACGUUCACGAGAAUCGCAUUAACGGCGUGUUCCCUUCGUGGUUGACCAACAUCACCACUCUCCAAGUCGUUGACCUUUCCAGAAACUUCUUCGCCGGCUUUCUGCCGGCCGGGGUCGGGAACCUUCUCCGGUUACGCGAGCUCAGAGUUGCUGCCAAUUCGUUCAACGGCAGUCUUCCAAGUGACAUCGUCAAAUGUACCUCUCUACAAGUCCUCGACGUUGGGGACAAUCGAUUUACCGGUGAGAUCCCUUCCUUCAUCACAGGCUUACUUGGUUUAACAACACUGUCGCUGGAAGGAAAUCAGUUCUCCGGUCCCGUUCCGGCAGGGGUAAGCAACUUGGUUGAGCUCCAAACGCUGAACUUGAGCGAUAAUGCUCUGAGUGGUGAUUUCCCGGUGGAGAUACUAAGUAUGGGGAACUUGAGCGCAUUGAAUCUCGGCGGUAAUACAUUUGGUGGGGAGCUUCCUUCUAGAAUAGGGGAGUUGAAGGGAUUGCAGGUUUUGAACUUAAGUGCAUGCGGGUUUUCAGGCAGGAUUCCGGCUGCCAUUGGUGGGUUAUUGAAGCUAACAACUCUUGAUUUGAGCAAGCAGAACUUCGCCGGCGAAUUGCCCAUCGAGCUGUUUGGGUUGCCGAGCUUGGAACUUGUUUCACUGGAGGAGAACAAAUUGUCUGGGAAUGUUCCAGAGGGAUUUAGCAGCUUAGUUGCUCUACAACAUCUCAAUCUCACUUCCAAUUCCUUCUCCGGCGAGAUCCCGGGGACUUAUGGGUUUCUCAGAAGCUUAACUGCUCUCUCAUUGUCUAAGAACAGCGUUUCAGGUGAGAUUCCGGAGGAGCUCGGCAAUUGUACAAGUCUUCAGGUGCUCGAGCUUCGUUCGAAUCGCUUGACCGGUGAAAUCCCAGGCGACAUCUCUCGUUUAUCUCGCCUAAACGUUCUCGAUUUGGGGCAGAAUGGUUUGACAGAGGAGAUCCCAGUAGAGAUCGAGAAAUGCUCUUCUUUAUCAUCUCUCCUACUGGAUGGGAAUCACAUUUCAGGCCGAAUCCCAGAGUCAUUAUCCAAGCUAUCCAAUUUGUCAGCUCUAGACCUUUCAUCGAACAGUUUGAGUGGCCAGAUCCCAGCCAACAUUUCAUCCAUCCCUAACCUCAAACACUUGAACUUAUCAGCCAACAGCUUACAAGGUGAGAUCCCGGAGCCAUUAGCCUCUCGAUUCGACGACCCUUCGGUGUUCUUCAUGAACGGGAAGCUAUGCGGGAAGCCACUCGACAAACAAUGCCCCAGCGAGAAGAGCAAGAAGAGAAGGAAACUCAUCCUGUUCAUUGCAGUAGUCACUGGUGGAAGCCUCCUCCUAGCAAUGUGCUGCUGUGGAUACACAUACAGCCUCCUCCGGUGGCGGAAGAAGUUGAGGGAAAUGGCUGCCGGAAAGAAACGCAGCCCGGCUCGCGGAAGCUCCGACAGAGGCAGAGGAAGCAAUGGCUCCAACAAUGGGGGAGGGCCUAAGUUGGUUAUGUUCAACAACAAGAUAACUUACGCCGAAACCCUCGAAGCCACGAGGAAUUUCGACGAGGAGAAUGUCCUGAGCAGGGGGAGAUACGGGCUCGUGUUCAAAGCCUCGUAUCAAGACGGGAUGGUGCUCUCCAUCCGCCGCCUCCCGGACGGAAUCGCCGUCGAGGAGAACACUUUCAGGAAGGAAUCAGAGUCUCUAGGCAGAGUCAAACACCGCAAUUUAACCGUACUUCGUGGAUACUACGCCGGCCCACCGCCGGAGGUCAAACUCCUGGUCUACGACUACAUGCCGAACGGAAACCUGGCCACUCUGCUGCAAGAAGCUUCUCAUCAAGACGGCCAUGUCCUGAACUGGCCAAUGCGGCACUUAAUUGCAUUGGGGAUUGCCAGAGGGCUAGCAUUUCUACACUCCGUGACGAUGGUCCACGGCGAUUUAAAGCCUCUGAACGUCCUAUUCGACGCUGAUUUCGAGGCGCAUUUGUCGGAAUUCGGGCUCGACAAGCUGACAGUUUCGUUCCCGGCGCAGGCUUCCUCGUCGGUGACCGCUGUGGGGACGGUCGGGUACGUGGCGCCGGAGGCCGUCCUGACGGCGGAGGCCACGAGGGAGUCGGACGUGUACAGCUUCGGGAUCGUCCUGCUGGAGAUUCUGACGGGGAAGAAGCCGGUGAUGUUCAAUCAGGAGGAGGAAGAUAUAGUGAAGUGGGUGAAGAAGCAGCUGCAGACGGGUCGGGUUUCGGAGCUGUUGGAACCGGGGCUGCUGGAGCUUGAUCCGGAGUCGUCGGAGUGGGAGGAGGUUCUUUUGGGGGUGAAAGUCGGGCUGCUGUGUACGGCUCCGGAUCCGGUGGAUCGGCCGUCGAUGACUGACGUGGUGUUUAUGCUGGAAGGGUGCAGGGUUGGUCCGGAGAUCCCGUCCUCAGCGGAUCCGACCUCGCUGCCUUCCCCAGUUGCCUGA